AUGUAUACGAUGACGGGAAGCCAGUAUUAAAUAGAGGCUCACUGGUUAGUAAGACUAAAAAACCUCAAACAGUAAAAAAUUAACUGUCUAAGUGCUUCAGCGACCCAGACCUCUAGAAUCAAAGCAUUUAAGAUUUAGAUGAUAAUAGUGAACCAGAAAGUUUUACUUCACGACUAAUAAUUCAUUGAUCCAACCGCCACAGUCAACCAAAUGUAGACUUAAUCUAGCGCAUUCAAUAAUACACUUGAUGCUCCAUAGAAUAGCUUAACGAUUUUGAAUCACUAUCAGCAGCAGGCAGGCAAUUAGGAGAUGGCUGUAAAGUUCACACCCAGCAGAUUAUUGGAGAUCAACUCAAGCACUGAGAAAAAAGACUACAAAAGGAGCACUUAUAAUCAAAUCGACUUCCACCAAAGAUAGGAUACCACUCGACAAGAGAUAACCUAGUAUCUACUGAAUGACAAAUUAAUCAGAAACAGCCCAACUCAUGGUUAGCCUACCCUCAUGCAGGAGUAUAGGCUGAGGCUAUAAGAGCAUGAAGAUAUCAGCGAUGACUCCUACAGCUAUCUGCAUGAGAAUGAAAUCAGCAAAGAGACAAAUCAGAAUGACGGUCCAAACAUUGUGAGUUCCUCAACUAAGCAGAAGAUCAAGUCAAAAAACAGCAUUCAUCACCAAUUGAAUGACUUUGUGAAUGUCUAGGAUUUCUCCCCUCACAAUGAAGCUGACAGCUACUCCGAGAAGAUGAAAAAUGAUGUAAUUAAAUCCUUUAACAAUAUCAAUUCUAAGCAACUUUCACCAAGCAAAUCACGUGAGGAGCCUAUGUUCAAGCUUCAUAAGAACUUCGUUAAUCCAAGUGACUGCUCAUCUAUACUGAAUGAAAGUACCAACUUAAAGGAUAUGAUGAUGAACAGAUAUGCAAAGAAGCGAUUACUCUCCAAACAAGAAAUUAUCAAGAAUAGAGAUGCUACCUUGAAUCUUGAUAGUCUCCCUUCACAGUAAACCAUGACGAUGUCUUCACCCUCGAGCACUAAAAUCAACAUGAUUCUGGAAUUAAAUCUUAGACUAGCAAAUUUAAAGGAACUUUCAGAGUAGCUUUUUGUGCAGAAUAUGUUCAUUAGAUAGAUUGAUGUGCGCAAUAAUCGCUUGUGCGCUAUUCCUGACUCCAUCUGUGACCUGCCCCAUCUGUGGAAAAUCAGACUAGACUAUAACUAUCUGCUUGAGCUGCCUGAAAAUAUCGGAUAUCUACCAAAAUUAGAGUACUUCUCAGCUUCCCAGAAUAAGAUAUCACAGCUGCCUUAAAGCCUCGUUAGUCUUGGAACUAAACUCGGAGUCUUGUAAUUCAAUGAUAACUAACUUAAAUCUCUGCCUAAGGAUUUCGGCAAAUUAAGCGAGCUGAGAUCACUUUUACUCCAUAAUAACCAUUUGUGGGAAAUCCCAACUUCUAUCAGCAGAAUGGCAAAACUGAGUGAGUUCAGCCUAGACUGGUUUGGCUAUCAUUUCAGGGAUAGGCAGAUUCCAAAGAUUUAAAAGGAUGAAACGGGAAAGUUGCUAAUCAAUGAGUUCAUCAGCUUUCUACAAGUCUUUGACAAGUGCUAAAAUAAUACAAACAAUCACGAGAAUCAGGUUUCCUUCAUGCAUUAUAUCAUGUACUUUCACAAACUUUUAAGAGCAGCAGACUUAUUAGAUUUGGAAUUCCCGAAAAAAAGAAGUAUAUUUCAUAUGCUUGCACUGAAUGGAAACCAGCAUAUUUUCCAGGAACUCUAUAGUAACUUGAAUAACAUAACUCGUGUGGACAUUAACUAGCUUGAUGAAGAAGAAUCCACUCCCCUGUUACUCGCAAUCAAGAACAAAAGAAAGGACUUUGUUAAGUAUCUGUGCAAGCAGCCAUUGGUAAAUAUAAAUAAAGGCAGCUUCAAGUAUGGAUACCCUUUACACAUGCUUAUUCUCACACAUGACUUGAAGCUUGCUUUGAAGUUUAUCAGACAAGAAUAGAGUUAAGAACACUACAGGUAUCUCGAUAUAAAUGUUAGAAAUGAGGAGGGCAAUAAUGCAAUGCACUUUCUAUUCAUGAACUUCUCAAUAAACACGAAUUAAUCUAUCCUUAUUGCAGAAGAGCUUAUUAAAAAAGGUAUUAACCCAAAUGCCCUCAAUAAAAAUGAUUUAAGUCCAUUGCAUUUAGCAAUACUAGGAAGUAACUAUGAAGCAAUAGAGUUCGCUCUAUAUAUGAACAAAAAGUAAAGAAAUGAAUCAUUUUCUAACUGUAGAGGAGGAACAGCAAAUAAAUAAUAGACUCAGAUGUUUGAUUUCAAUUUAAGAGGAGGCAAAUUUAACUAAAACUGCUUACACUUAGCAGUUGCGAGUAGUAAUAUCAGAACUGUGAUGAUACUAUUAUAAAGUAGCGAGUAUUUGAAUUUCUAAGCCACAGACGAUGAAGGGCGACUUCCUAAAGAUAUUUGUCCUUAUAAUUCUCCCUAUUAUAAGUUGCUUAUACAAUACGAAUAAUUGCAAGCAAUGAAGUAAAAAAUAAGAGAGCAAGAUAAUGAUUAAUUAUGUCUUGACUUAAGUAAAUAAGAGGUAGCUCACUACAACAUGAACAGAAGAGUAUGCGAAAGCCCUAAAACAACUAGAAAAAGAAUGAUUGAUAGAGCUAGGAACAAUAGUCUCAAUCUAUAUAGUAGUAAAAGAUUAAAGACUUAUCAGAGCUAAGGUAACCUUAAUUUUGGAAAUUGCAGAUAAAGGUAGAAUUCUAAUACUAACUAUGAUCCUUCAAGAGAGGAAGGAGAGAUAACUCAUCAUAAAACAUUUAGUCUUGACAGAUAAGUAGCUACUUAAAGUCAUCAUCGAAUGUUAUCUGGUUCUGGUCUAAACACAGUAAUUGGCAAGACUCACAUAGUCUUGAGUAGCAUGAAUGAUGAAUCUAAUUAUGGAGUAGAUGAAUUCUCAAAUCUCGAUUUAUAAACUGUGAAUAAUAAGAAGUCUCCUGCACUAAUUGCUUAAAACUUAAAUAGAAAUAUACUUACUAAAUAUAGAGCUAAACCUAAAGUCAGUUAAUAAAUAAGUAUUGAUGCUAAAAACAAGGAUUGCAUCAUAUUUAGAAAGAAAAGGUAAUCUUAAUGUGGAUAAAAUUAGGUGGUAAUCACUAGCAAUAUAUCAUCUCCUAAUGAUUCAAUCAUUAAUACAAAGCCGUAACAUAGUAAAAAUAUAAGUGAUCUAUCAAGGGAAUAGUUUAUAUUACAGCAGCCAUUCAGACUUGAAAAGAAUGAAUCUGUGAUAGAUAAAAGCCCCUGCAGCAUAUCUAGGUUAAAUUAAUAAUAAAAUCCUUAUCACCUUGAUCCAAAUUAUGCAGAUGCUGAAGAGGAUGAAGCUAAUAUACCGGAAGAAGAUAUUAAUAGAUCAUCUGAAAAUCAGAAUGAAGCUAAAUCACCAAUUAGAGUUCUAUAGAAGACAUAGACUGCAUCUGGUAACUAGUCUAUGACGAACCAAUAAAAAUUGAUGUCAUAAGCGAAAAGAAUAAUAGAUGAGAUUAAGAAAUGCCAAAAUACAUCAGAAAUAUAAAGUGAAGGACGAUGGAAAAUUAGCAACAUGAAUCAUCAAUUUAAUAGAUAAUCUCACCUUAGCUUCACUCAUAAUGUUAACAGUAGCCAAUAAAAGAUGAGUGUUGUCACUAACUAGGAACAAGGCAAUUACGUCAAUGAAAUGAGUUAGCUUUGUAUAGUUACCGAUGAUUUCAUUGGAAUUCAGGCACCAUAGGAGGACUAAUUUAGUCCUAAAUUUACCCAUAAUCAAAAGGAAUUCAACAAUUUAAAAUCAAAAUUAAAUAACGACAUAUUUAAAGACAAUCAAAAUGUAUAUAGUGAUAGAAAAAAAUCAUCUUUGAUCAACAAUAUAGCAACCUAUGAGACUAUGUAUCAUGCUUUUGUCAACAAAAGUUGCAAUUUUAAACAAGCUUUGAUUGAGAAUCUAUAGUCAUUUUCAUUUUUAAACCCGAAUGAUAGCAAAUUGGUAAUUGAUACACUAUAUAUAGCUUUAAGCUAACUAACUACUAAAGAUAUUUAAGAACUCUUUCUAUUACUGAUAAAAUUAAGAGUACUAAGGCUAUCUUAUUAGCAUAUUAAUAGAAGGUUUCUAGAUUUUAUAAUCUUUGAACUCUUAAAUGCCUAUCAAAUUAAGGCUUAUUAAUAAUAAAAAACUUACUAAUGUAGAAUUGUUUCCGAUGGAUUCGAUUAAUAGCAUAUGGAGACAGAUUCUUAUCCCCAUCAAUCAGAAUCGAUUCAAAAGAUUAGACAUAUACACAAGUCACCCAGUUUCAAAGCAAUGACAUAUAAGUCACCUUCAAAUUCUCAAAAUUUUCUCAAAGAGAGUUUAUUAUCUAGAUAAUAAAAUACUAACAUGUAUAAAAUCAAGGACUUCAGUUCAACCUAGAAUUUAUUGAGUGGAACAAGCAGCAAUGAGCUAAAAAACUUUAUAAAUAUUAGUUCUAUUACCUCAAACUUUCAAAAUAGCAGAAAAAUGAGUACUGAAGGAAAUGAUGUUAAGAAUUCAAUUAAAAGCUACAGAGAAAAUUUGACAAAGUAGAUAGUUUAGCCAUUAAAAUAAAAACCACCGAAGAUUGAGAUUAAAACAUCACAGACAAAUACUUAGGUUAUGAAUACAGAGAGACUGUUAAAUUAGCAAUAGGAUGUCGAUAUCAAUUCAGCUGAGAUGAUUUAGCAACAAAGAAUAAGUAGUAAAAAGUAAAGUAUCUCAAAUGAGCAGGAACCAUAUCACCCUAAGCUUAGUGGAAGUUUAUUCCUUCAUAGUAUUGAAAUUCAAUCUAAGAAGUUGAAGGAUCAGACAAGCCAUAAGAUUCAUCUUUAAACUGAAUCGAGGAACAGUACAAAUCAUAACAUAAUGAGACUUGAUAAAACUGAUGAUUCUCAAUUGUAUUACUAAAGAAAGUAGUUAAAGCCUUCAAACAAGGUUUAUCAGAAGACUACUCGAGAGAGGUAAUUAGAGGAAUAUGAGGUGUAUGGCAACAUUAAUACAGAAAAUUAGAGUGAAAAAAAUCCUAUGAGCAAUAGUCAAUCUAUUUAAUCAUCAAGAAUUAUCCAGCAUUUCUAAGAAGAUCCACUAACGUUUACAAAUAGUAGGAAUGAACUUAAGCCAUUCACGGACAGAAAAGAAUCAGUAAAGGAACAUAGAUAUUACUAGUCUCAUAACCCAAUUCAGACACUAAGAUCUUUUGAUGUGAAGCAAAGUACAACUCGAGUAUAAAUUUAAGAAAUCAAUUCUUAUUCUCCUGAAAUUUUUAGAAAAGACAUUAAAUCAGGUAGCGGAAAGUAAAAUAAUAGACAUCUCUUGAAUACAAACUCUACAAUCCAAAGAAAAUAAUCGUCUGAAAUGGUAAGUAGCAGCAGAUCAAGUAUAUUCAAGAAAAAGCAAUCUUCAAGAUAAAACUUAUUCCCAGGCAAGAUAUAGAUACUGUCAUCUUCAAAACAGACAGGAGUUGAUGCAGAUAAAAGCAAAACACUGAGCAAAACUGAUAAAAGCAAGGUAAGUGCAAAGCAAUCUCCAAUCAAGUCAACUGAGAAAAUCACAAUACUAUCUACAUGCAAUUCAAAUAAUAAAUCAUCUGCGAGAAAGCUUCACCCAUAUAAGCCAAAAUAACCAAUCAAUUAUGAGGCUAGAAUAAAUAUCAAAGAAUUCAGUCCAUAAGUAAGCCAUAGAAUUUACACUGAAAAGAUUAAUAAGACAAGUGAAUCAGAUAAAAAACUCAAAAUUUCAAUGAGCUUAAAGAAAUUUUGA